AUGAGUCAACAUGCAACUGUAUCAACAGCACAGAAAUGUCUGGAAGUAUACCGCCAACAACACAACAUCCUUUGUAAUAUGUUAGAUACGGGAGAUGAAGUCCUGCAUCAUCUUAUCGGCUCAUGUCUGUUCAUACACAUCCUCGAUUGUCUUCUCCUGAUUUACAACCUUUGUCGAUACGAUGGAGUGGGGUCAGAUACAGGUCAACUUUUCAGCCACAUUUUUUGGUUCUUCGGGAUGUCGACAACCCUCAUCACUGUGAUAGCUGUUUGUUCUCUAGUAAACAUUCGGGCACAUGAACCAGCAAAACUCAUCUACAAUCUUUCAAUGGAAGAUUUCACCGCUGAAUUUGCAUUACAAGUGAAUGUAUUCCUACACCGACUGAACGGCCCUCCCAUGGGUCUGACGGCAUGGUCUUUGUUUGUGGUGGACAGCCAAGUCGUCGUCAGCAUCGCGGGGAUAUUUGCGACUUAUUUCGUUGUCUUACUACAAUUUCAACAAUCAGUGUCUACUACAACGCCCGCCGGUCUGAAUAUCACGACCGUCUGA